AUGUCUCUGGGAUCAGAGCGGACAUCAAAGAGUGCUGGCUCCGCCCCCCCCGUUCCGGGUGCGAGCGAGGCGGGUGGAGGUUGUGACGAUGAAUCGGGAGCGCGCACGGCCUGGUCACACGUGGUACUUUUGCUGAGAUCACACCGGAGACAUGAGGCGGCCAAAGCUGAAGAAGGGUAGUAAGCGUAUGACAUGUAGCAGACGUUUUAAAAUCCAGAAAAAGGUCAGAGAACACAACCGGAAAGUAAAAAAAGAAGCCAAGAAAACUGGCCCCAAAAAGACGAAGAAAGACAUCAGCAUUCCCAAUGAUGCCCCCUUCAAGGAAGACAUUUUGCGUGAAGCAGAGCUCCGAAAACAGAUGAGGGAAGAUUUAAAGAAGGCCCAGAAACUUGAAAGACAGAACGAAGUGGCAAAGAAAAGAAAACUAGAGAAGGAAGACAAAAAAGAAAAAAAAGAAGCAAAACCAAAGGACAAAAAGGAAACCCAAAAAGCCACAAAACCAAAAAAGCAAGUGGCUAGAAAUCCUGUUAAAUCUUUUUGCAUUGAAGUGAAUAAGGCUAUUGAAGCAUCGGAUGUUGUCCUGGAAGUGUUGGAUGCUAGAGAUCCUCUGGGUAGCCGAUGUCUGCAAGCAGAGCAAUUGGUUCUUCAGUCGCCAAAGAAGAAACUGCUGCUUGUCCUCAAUAAAAUUGAUCUAGUUCCCAAAGACAAUAUUGAGAAGUGGCUAAAUUUUCUGAACAAGGAAAUUCCAACCAUCGCUUUCAAAUGUUCUACACAAGUGCGAGAAAAAAACCUGCCAAGUAAUGGUUCAAAGGCAACGUCUAGCAUUGUUGAUAUUUCCAAAGGGACUGUCUGCUAUGGAGGAGAUUCAUUAUUGCGCUACCUACAUGGCUUCUGUCCAAAACCUGAUGAAGGCAUUAAAGUUGGUUUAAUAGGUUUUUCAAAUGUUGGAAAGAGCAGCCUAAUUAACAGCCUGAAGCAGUUCAGAGUGUGUAAUGUUGGUGCAUUGAAAGGCACUACAAGGAUCAUUCAAGAUGUAAAUAUUGACGAAAAUAUUAAAAUGACUGACAGUCCCAGUCUUGUGCUGUGUCCCGAUAAUCCACCUGUCACUCUAGCAAUGAGAAAUGUAUUUGAAAAAGAUAAUGAUGACUUUUUGGAGGCUGUUAGGCUGAUUAUAAAACAUUGUGAAAAACAGCAGAUAAUGUUGAAAUAUAAUAUUUCAGACUUCAGAAAUUCCCUGGAGUUUUUAGACCUGGUCGCCCGCAAGAGAGGCCUACUGAUGAAGGGUGGAGUAACUAAUGUAAAGGCAGCAGCCAGGUUGUUCCUGGAUGACUGGAUGGGAGCCAGGCUUAGUUAUCAUACACAGCCACCUGCUUCCUCUAGUUUCCACAUCAGCACUGAGCAGAUUGCUACAAUGAGAAAAGGAGUUGACCUAAAAGCUCUGGAUGAACACAAUAAGAGCAUUAUUAAAGCCUUAAGGUGCCCUAGUCCUGCCAGCAGUAUUUCAUUUCACUUCUCCCACAUGACCAAUGGUAUACUAGAUGAUACUGAACUAAAGGAGCAAAACCCAGAGCCUGAAGAGCAGGACAGUGAUGAGGAAGAAGACGCCGCUGAUGAUGAUGAUGAGGAAGAGGAGGAGGAGGAGGAGGAGGAGGAGGAGAAGGAGGAACUGAUGGAGGAGGAACUGAUAGAGGACAAUGGAGAAGAGAAAAAGCCGAAGGAGGUUUCUUUGACAUCUGAAACGAAACUAACAGAACCGGCAAAGGAAAGUGCUGGCAAGUCAGUCCGCUUUGAUAAACUGGAGGAAGAUGCCGAUGAUGCCUAUGACUUCAGUACUGAUUUCAACUGAGAAACCAUCAGUACUUGGCGUGUUGGACACUUUAUUUCUUAUUGUGUGCGAGUAAAGACACUUCCUAUUUAAGCCCAGAGCAAGAUUUGAUGGGGAUGUAAAAUGACCGGCCUUCAUAUAUAGUGGAUUCUAUGAAUCUCUGAAUGAUACAAGGAUGUGUUUUUGGAUGGUGUAAUUUCAAAUAAAACACAUUUGUACAAAUAGUACAUUUUUUAGUGUUGAAA